AUGCUUGCGGAUGCGAACCGCCUCCGCCGGCGGCGCGAGUACCGCAAGCUCGACGCCGCCGGGCUCCAGUACCUCCGCGACCGCGUCGUGCAGCUCACCGCGCAGCUUGAGCAGCUCGAGCUCGCGCGACGAUCCAGCCAGCCGCCCGCGACGAUGCUAGCGUGGCGCGAGGUCGCCGGUGCGCUUGGCGCUGAUCUCCGCGCCGUGUGCACAGCCAACGCCUCGCUGCGCCGACACGUGCAAAGGAACGACGCGUUCCAGAAGGCCAUGCACACAUGGGUCACGCGCACGAGCCACGUGCACGGCCACCCGUCGCCGCGCCUGACGUGGCAAGACGCGAGCCUCCCGACGGACCCCGCGACGCGUCUUGAGGCCAUGGAGUGGAUCACGCACCGCUUGUUCCACAACAUUGACGGGCUCAUGGCGGCGUCCGGUUUGCCGUUCACGCGCGACAACUACCAGUGCACGACCGUGAGCCAGCUCGACGACACGUAUCGCAUCCAGGGCUGCUCGGUCCGCUAUGUGCACGCCGACGUGAGCGCAACGGCGGCGUGCCUCGAGCAAUUCGCCAAGGACUUUCCACCCUACUUGGAGGCGCGGUGCCUCACCGAGACGGACAAUGUGCUCUACACGCGGUACCUCUCGCCGUACGGGCUCACGGUGCAUUUGCCGUUCAUCCAGAACGUCCUCCAGCGCCAUUACUUUGAUGGACGCCGGUACGUCUCGUUCCGACACUGCAUCACCGACGACGAGGCGCUCCCUGCCGACGACCUUGUCUGUGGCUGGACGGAAUGGACGGUCGCCGAGUCGGUGGGUGAGAACGUGACCGUCGUCAAAGAGGGAUUUUUCGCCACCGGCCUUCGCACACCAAGCGGCGAGUACAUUCGCAUGGAGGCCGUGUCACCCGCCGCCGCCGCCUGCGUCGACCCCGCGAACCGACUUCGCUGCAUGCAGCACGAAGCACAGAUGCGCUUUGCCCAGUCGUUCGAGGCCGACACGGCGUACUUUAACGCGCUCCUUAAGGUCCACGCGCGUAGCCUCAUGGACCGAUGACAGCUUGGACACUGAUAAGCAUUCGAUUACACGGGAGCGCUUUAAUGC